CGACACGGAGGGGCCUUGGCGCUGCUGGCCCAGGCUCCGCAGCGUCUCUGGAGCCUCGCGGCCCCCGGGGGCACCCGAAGUCCCGGUCCUGGUAACGACGCGCAGGCCCUCCUCCAAACCCCAUCUCCAGGACCCACCAGUCCCAAGCCGCCGUUUGCCACAGGCGGCUCUCAGGCAACCAUGGAGGACCCACGGUGCCUGCAGGCCAACUGCUUCUUCCGUGGCAAGGAGCACAGCAUCCAGCUGAGUGUGAGCCAAGCAGUGCUGGAGGUGGAGGUGCAGGAGCGCCGCAGCACCAAGCGCUGGCGGGGCCGCUUUGAUGCUGCCUCUGUUGAGGACCUGACGCGCAAAACGGGCAACUUCAAGCAGUUUGGGAUCUUCUGCAGCAUGCUUGAAGCAGCACUGAUGAAGAGCAGCGAGGCUGUCAGCCUGGAGCUGCUCACCUACGGUGACCUGGAGGCCCUGCGGUGCUGUAAGGCAGGGGUGGCAACACAUGUCCCCCCCUCAGCCUCGCCACUCAGCAGCAAGCGGUACCUCAUCCUCGUCUACUGCGUUGAAUUUGACAGGAUCCACUACCCGCUGCCGUUGCCCUACCGUGGUGAGGCAGACGUGGCUGCGCUGCGACACCUGGUGCAGGAGCAGCAGGACGAGCUGGCGCACCUGCGGGACGAGCUGCGGUGGGCGCAGCAGGAGGUGUGGAGGCUGGAGGACAAAAGGCUGCGGGAUGAGGCCUGGCAUCAGCAGGAGCAGCAGCGGAUGACCAAGGAGCUGGCAGAGGUGAAGGCGGCUGAAAAGAUGCUGCGGGCACAUGUGAAUAUGCUGACGGCUGAGUUGGUGGCGUGCAGGAAAGGGCGCAGCACAUCAGCCACAGCACCAGGCCCCCCGCGGAAUCGCCACCGCUCUAACUCCCGGGACAGCCGCAGUAGUAGCCAAGGCCGCCUGCCACCACGGUCCCCAUCUCCUGCAGGUGAGAGACAUGGGGACGUGGGGACCUUCCUGGGACCCCAUGCCAAUGUUCUCCCUCCCCUUCUGUUUUCCCUAGGUUCACGGCCACCGCGCUUCAACCCCACAGCCUUUGUGAGAGCCCGCGAGCAACAGCGGCAGGAGGCUGAGCUCCGAAGGCAGAAGCUGCCACGUGGGACAGUGUCAAAUGGUGACGACUGUAAGAGGAGGUGCAGGCGCAGCUCUUCGGCUGAAAGUUUCCAGAGCCAGCGCUCAGCACUGAGCUCAGGCAGUGAGGCUGGCACAUGUCCCCAGCGCCGCAGCAGGGGCUUGGGGGGUCCUAGCACCCGGAGUCCACUGAGUGCUUCGUCCUGCAACAGCACUAGUGUGGCAUCUCACCUGGAUAGGGGCCGCAAACAGCAGGGGAAAGAGAACCUGGGCACAGAGUCCUCAGCCACACUGUCUGAAAUUGAUGCCCGGCUUCAAGCCCUGCAGGUCUACAUCAGCACCCUGGGCACUCACACGUGAGCCCCCCAGGGGCCACCAGAAGCUCGCCUCAGAGGGACCAGACCCAGGCAUUGGUGUGCCACGAGGCCACCGGUGCCCAGGCUGUGUCCUGACUGUCCCCCAGAGGGAACAGCACUGGCAGGAUGUGGUGUAAUAAAUACCUUCAUGGCUGUGUGGGACAAGCA